AUGGCGGCGGCGAGCGGCGGCGGCGCGGCGGAGCUGAGGAUGAUCUCGCGAUACACGCGGAAGCCGGUGCCCCUCGGCGCUCCGGGGAUGCGGGGGAGGGGGCUGGAGCGGGCCGAGUCUAACGGGGAGGUGUGCGGGCCCGGGGCUGUGAACGCGGAAAGGGACCUGCGCCGAGGCUGCGGCCGGGAUACGGACAAGCUGCGACACGGACUUCCCAAGCAUGUCUUGCGGCACCAUCCGCCACCGGAACCACAGGCUGAGGUGCGCACAGGUGCACCUGAGGCUGAAAACUGUGGCCAGACCUCAAGGGAGUCUGAAAUCUGCAAGGAAUCACAUACUUCAGUUACUCCACGUGAUCAUGGGAACUCAUUGUUUGCUAGCCCCAGUUACACCGACACCUCCACUGAAGACAGCUCAGUCUUCUCUUGGGGCUAUGAUGAGUUUGAUAAAGCUGCCACACAGCAAGUUGAGCAAAUGUUCAGACAAAUUGAUGAGCUUCUCUAUGAGCAGAAGGAAAAUGUGCAUGUGGAAGCACUGCGGGAAGAAUGCUACCAGUGGACAGCCAACUUUCCUCAUCUCAGGGUUGUGGGGAAGCAGCUCAUGAUCUCCACUGAUGAAGGGUAUGGAUGGUAUUCUAGUUCACCUUCUGGCAGUUUAGGUUCCUCAGAUGUAAGUUCACCACAAGAAAGAGAUUCUAAUGACUUUAGUGUUUUUGGCAAGAAGGUACCUCUCUGCAUUAUUCCUGUUCACAAAAAGGCUGACCGUUCCAAGUCUCCAACCUUGUGUUCUCCAGAGAGUGAAGAAGGUGAAGAUGGAGUAAUUGUCUCUGAAGGUGUCAUGGAGGAAUAUUUAGCAUUUGACCACAGAGAUAUGGAAGAGGAGUUGCAGGAGAGGAAAAUGGGACUGUCUUCUGGUAGACGGAAACUGGGGUUUCCUCCUAUCUCUCCCUAUUCCUGCAUGAAGGACUCUGUGCUCACAUUUGUGUUUGAUGACGUGUGGAGUGAAGUCCUAGUCUGCAUGGAAGAAUUAAUCUGCAGACACUGGGAAGGGUCAGUCUCUGAUGAUGAGAAAAAUAUCAUAACAGUGGAAACCAUCAAAGCAGAUACUGGGAGCCCUUUGCCAGUUGAUCCUAUGCCAGCGUUGUUACCUCCUGUGCCACAGACUAAAAUGCCCUCAGUGACAUCCAAUCUGUGCUCAAAACCCAGAAGUGGCCACAAAAGCAAAAAGAGGAGAAAACCACCUCAAGUAAAUCUCUCUCAAGGGUCAAGUAGUGGUUCUCAACAUAACCUAAAUGGCUUGAUGGUGAUACAUGGGAUCCAGUUACAGCAAAGGAAUCUGCCUGCACUGGAGAAAACGCUGGUCCUGGAUGACAAACGGCCAGGCUCCAGUUCCAUCCUCUCUACCAGAGCGUGGCCAAAUCAUCCUCUAGAGCACAGCACAUCACCCCUGUCACGUGCUACCAGAAGGCGAAACCCACCUCCACGUACCCUGCAUCCCAUCAGCACCAGCCACUCUUGUACUGGGACCCCAGGCUCUGUGGACCAUAUCUUCAGGGGAGCUCGACUUCUGACUUCACAUGAGCAGCUGACUUCGCCCUCCCCACUGCUGCUGAACCGCAACAACCUCCUACCACCCAUUGCCACCAUCAGCGGGACAGAGCACAGCAGCACUGCAGGAUCCCAGAGGCAAACGAAGUCUCGUGGGAACUCAAGCCGAGCACACAGUGUGACAACACACAAAGAUACUCACCAGCAGCUACAGGAGAGGCUUUUCUUACCUGAUCAUCUCUCCAGGCCUAACACAACCAGCACACUCUUGCCAGAGCCACAGCGCCGCCGCUCUUGCACUGUUACUGAUUACAGUAAUCAACCUCGGACAAGGAAAGGAUCAACAGGUUCAGGUCUUCAGCUGCAUGGUUCUGCAAAAGCCCACAUUCGGAGUGGAUCAGUCUCAAAAAGCAAGCAGAACUUCUGA